ACAAAGCAAAACGAUUCAAGUAGACGUCACAAAUCACCCAGAAUGCAGUGCGGCUUUCCAGGCGAAUAAAAAUGGCGUCGAGGGCACCAGCUGCAACCGGCAGGCUCCUGGUGGGCUUCAGGAAAUGGUACUAUAAUGCAUGCGGUUUCAACAAGCUUGGCUUGUUGCGGGAUGAUACCAUCAAUGAAGACUCUGAUGUGAAAGAGGCCAUUCGUCGGCUCCCAGAACCAGUUUACAACGAUAGGAUGUUCCGCAUCAAAAGAGCCAUGGAUCUUUCAAUGAAACAUCAGAUACUUCCUAAAGACCAGUGGACUAAAUAUGAAGAGGAUGCACAUUACCUUGAGCCCUAUCUUGAAGAGGUGGUCCGUGAACGAAAGGAAAGAGAGGAGUGGCAGAAGAAAUAGAGUAAACGUGAUAAGGCCGAAGCUCCUGUUUGAUGUCUGCUAUCUUGUAUUUAAUAGAAAAUGUAUUGUGCGAGUCCCUGUACUUAUUAAAAUUUUCUUUCUGAGAAAAAUC